UAUAAUUGGUAAACUUACACGCUCCCGAUAAUAUAUUGAGAUGUAUUCCCAAGACUCGUCGAUCCGUGAUAUCCUUGACAAUUAUUUGAGAGCGGAACGGGAAUUGGAGAUGAAGAUCAAAGAGAGACGUCGCUAUAAAUCUCGUAAUGUUUCGGAUAAUGUUUGCCAAUCGUUCAGCACAGAUAGACGUUUCAAGAGGACGCUCGGUGAUAACGGAGACACGUGUAAUUUGGAAAUUAAUAAUUCUGCUACGAUAUUUGGCCGUAUUGAUUCUGCCGAAUCGAGAGUUCGAAAUCAAGAGUUCAUAAAAAGCACGUGUUUGAAUUUACAGGAUCUAGAAGAAGCCAAGGCACGACUCAGAACGAUUGCCUCGUUUACUCCGACAGAUCAGGAACUACGUGUCCUCGUCGGAGCUUAUCGUGGCCUACUUGGAAACGUAGCGCAAACUCAGUCGUAGACAAGCCUAAGCGACCGUGUAAUGCACAUGCCUUGUGGAAAAAGAAAAUAAAAAACGAAAUUGCACAACCGUACGCAACCGUGAAACAACCCACCGAAUUUUAAUAUCUGUGCGAAAAUACAGCCAAACUGUAAAAC